GUUGCCAUGCUCGCCUGGCAAGACGAUGCCCGAGACCCAUGCUUCGCAAGCUACCCAUCCCCUCUACGCUUGACCCUUGAACGUAUCCUUGCCCGCGACGAACGGCAUCCAGCCACUGCCCUCACCGACGCCACACGGGAAGCCCAGAUGGCAGCGGAAAUGCACGAGAUGCCAUGUGCACGCCAACGAACGAGCGAGAGAGUCUCACGGUCGCAUCCCGAGAGAUGCGAUGCCCUUUGCUUCGGCCGAUCCUCGGAAAUUGAAAAGGGCCGGCGCAAGCAAAGCGGGCUUGCUUCACCAAGCUCGUUGGCAGGCAUGCAAUCAAUCAAUACAAGCAGAGCCAGAAGCAUGUCGCUCUACCGAUUCGGAGCCUUUCCUGGCCAUAUAGAGAAAUGCCUCAGCCACGUCACGAACCCAGCCACAGCUUUCCCCGCAUCAUAGUUCGCUGCCAUGAUAUGUACUCACCCUCUCUCUCUCUCAACCGACACAUGUCGGCGCUGGUGACAACGCGACCACCGAUUCCAUUGCACUCGAUGCCACCGUGAUUCCAAAGCAACAGGAACCUUGCCAUCUCGUCAUGGGAUUGCCUUUCUUCUUCCCAGCUUGGCCUAACCUCCAGUGCCGAAACCCACCACGCGCCACACUCGAACCAGGGGACCCACUGCAAUCAAGCUCUUUUAGCGAACCUCUUGGCUCCCAAGCAAAAGCUUCGCCCCAGCAACUGCAUUUUCAGUACAUAGCUACUAGGGGAAAAUUAAAAAUAUCAAAAAAAAAAUCAAAAAAAAAAUCAAAAAUCAAAACGGAAAUUCCGACCAACAUGUAUUAUUCCGUGGACCAUUUAUAUAGCCUUGUCAUGUACAUUAUAGAAUACUUCGUCUACCCUUUCCCCCUUCAGCACCCCUUGGAAGCCACCGUGCCGCUUAACCGUGCUCGCAACAAAUCACACACCACUCUCUUGCUACCUUGCUUCUCCUUUCCCCGGAACCUAUCAAUCAACUUCCUCCACAAAAAAAUUAAUAUGCCAUGUAAAACGAAUGUAAAUCCAAAACAGCCAACAACAGCGCCAUGCAAUCAACC